UUACUCUUCACUUUACCCAUUCUGUAGUCUUCUAGACUUCUCCGACCGUUCUUCUUUCUUCACACAAGGCGACCAUCGACCGCGGCUAGUUUUCCUCCUUGUACACCUCCUACAGGUUGGUAAAUGGCAAUGUAGGGUAUCAUGCCCAAGGAUCUGGAGCGCCAGGUCUACAAUUUUCUUGGAUCCAGCUUUAGUAUGAGCAUGCUAGUGUUGUUUUCUUCCCUGAGCGUGCAAGCCAGACCCAUGGACAAUAUUUCCACUGGAGGUAGCUCUAACGUCCUCCUCAUCCUUCAAAGCGGCAACAUUAUUCGAAUGUGAACUGCAGGUCCAUUUUUUCGCUUUUCCUUACCGUGUCAUAUUUUUCCUUUUCCUUAAGGAAAUGACUAUUAUUGAUAAUAUUUUUUUGUGCAAUUUUUGAAGAAGAUACAUAGUAGCUACUAAUAAGUUAGUCAACAUUUUGUAAUGUAAGUAUAUAUUUGAGCAGACACACCAAUGCAAAAUUAUUACUAUAUAUAUGUACAUAGAUACAUAGAUACAUACAUACAUACAUACAUACAUAUAUAUAUAUAUAUAUAUAUAUAUGUGUAUGUAUAUAUAUUCAUUGUAUUACCAUGUAUACUGGCUGUUCUUUUUUUGAUUUGGUUGAUGACAGUAAUUUGUGAAUGAGAAAUACUCCCUCCGUCCCAUAAUACAAGACGUUAUUACUUCCAAUAUGUGAGUUGUAGUGUUAGUUUGUUUAUAACCCCCUCUACUUUUUUCCGGGCUUGGGACCGGCAUUGGCAGUGUUAGGCCCCCCUACCCCUCUUAAUAUUCAACAAACUUACGAAAGAAUUUGUACAGUUGUGAUUAGCUAUAGUUGAAAUAUUUCGCAGAGGAUACUGAAUAUAUAAUAAUUUAAUAUGAAGACCAGUCUGAUUGCAUUGUAAUAUGAAUUAUAAUAAUUUUCCCAUGGUUUCACUAUCAGUUUUCAUGAAAUACUAAGCUCGCACAAUAAAACCCAAGAUAAUUUAUUUUCUCGAUGUUUGGUAGUAAUGAACUAUAUCCACGCGUAUAAAAAUUAAUAGAUAAUAGUGGAAUAUGAAAAUAGGUCUGAUAGCAUUGUACAUAUGCAAUAUUACAAUGUCCCAAUACUUUUCCUAUUUGUUUUUAUGAAAUAAUAAGCUUGUAGAAUCAAGUAUUACAUAAUAUAGAUUUUUGAUGUUUGGUAGUAAUGCAGUAUUUUCCACCUGUUGAUGCAUGUUUGCAUUACUUUGGCAGGGUAGUAGACGAUAUUCGACCUGCUAUAUCAUGUUAGCAUAGUUAAGUCAGACUUUAUUUGUAAACAGAUUUUGAAGUGUAGUAAGUUCCUAUAUAUGUAAUUCUUACAUAAUAGUAAAGAUUCAUGUAGUGAAAGAAAAACAUCAUGUUGAAAUUCUGUUAUUUGUUCAUACCUUUAGAAUAUUUCUGUAUAGACUAUGUUCUUGACCACAUCAUCCUCAUUGCUAUCUUCAUCAUCUAUCAUUACCAGCAGUCCCUCCCUUUUUGUUACUCUUGAGAAGGCUACGUAUAACUGUCCAUGUGUGAAAACUUGUUUAGGUAGAUAUAGUCCUACUUUGUUUAGAGAUUGUCCCUGGCUCUUGUUGAUAGUCAUAGCAAAGAAAACUGAUAUAGGAUAUUGUCUCCUUUUUAGUACAAAUGGGCACGCUGAUUCAGUUGGUGACACGACUAUUCUUGGAAUAUAUACUUUUUCUCCCACAUGGGUUCCAGUUAUUAUCUGUGCUUGAAUGAAUCUUCUUCCAAGAUGAAUAAUCAUCAUCCUUGUACCAUUGCAUAACCCAACAUUUUGGUUGAUAUUACGUAGUAGCAUCACAGGUAUGCCUACUUUUAAUUUUAGCUCGUGAUUUGGGAUUCCAAGAAAUGGUAAGCUAUUCAGGAAUUCGGUUGGAUAUGAUAAUUCUGUUUUUGCAUUGAAGGUAGUUGCUUUGCAUACUGCGUCACAGCUUCGAUAAGUUUUCUCUUCACCUUGUAUCUGAUCCAUUAUGUAUUCAUUUAUAUCAUGAACUGUUUCAUUUCUUGGACAUAAUAUUGCUCUCUCUUCUAAGUAUUCUCGUUGGCUAUACAUGUCCUGCAAAUUGGGAUAUAUGCUCUCCAUAAUUGUUUUUUUGGAUCAUGUCCUUUCUUGAGAAGUAUGUCAUUUGGUAUGUUUUUCAAUUCCUCGCCUUAUGAUGAUGUAUUUUUUCCAUCGCAAUAUUGAGAAUCCACUCUUCAAAUUCUUCUACCCUUUGUUUCUUUGAUUAAUCAUUUGUUGUGCAGUUCAGCCGCAUGUUUUUUGUUCGCUUCAUUACAUGGAAGUUCUUCCAAAGAUAAGAUCUUUUAAUGGAUGCAGUGACUAUGUUGUGUCUUCUUCCUGGUAUAAUAGGAAGGAUCUGGCGGGUGUCCCCUCCUAGAACCAUUGUCAUGCCACCGAAUGGCCUGUCGCUGUUGUUCACAUUUUUAUGUCUUAAUAUAUCCCUUCCUAUCUAGCGCCUCAAAACAUAUCUUGUUUGCCAUUGGAGCUUCAUCCCAUAGUAUCAGCGACAUCUUUUUUAGUAGGUCUGCCAAGUGUGAACCCUAUUUGAUGUCACACGUUGACUCUUCUGUAAGGAUCAGUGGAAUGUGGUGUGGGAAACGUCGUACCCGGUUCAGGGCGACGGCUUUGUGUUAUAAAGAUAGGGGCGCGACUCCCUGAUAGCGUACAAGUUGUUGGGAUAGAGACUUGAGAUACAAGGGAUAAGCUACUUGGAGUACAAGGGAUAAACUAGAGAGAGAAUAUUGUUACAGAGAAUAUUUAUCUAGUCUAUCUAGCCUAUGCGGUUGGCUAACCGAACCAUCUUGAGCUGGGCCUGCCGAACCACCUUGACACCAUACAAUGUUAUUUAACACCCUCCCUUAAUCACAACUUGGUCAAGUUGAGAUUACGCUUGAACUCUUCAAAACUUUUUGUAGGCAAUGCUUUUGUGAAGCCAUCUGCAUCCUGAUCUCGUGAAUGCACAAAACGAAUAUCCAAUUGUCUCUUUGCAACUCUUUCUCUGACAAAAUGGAAAUCUAUCUCGAUGUGUUUUGUUCUGGCAUGAAAAACUGGGUUAGCAGAUAAAUAAGUAGCGCCCAGAUUGUCACACCAUAAACAUGGAGUUUUAGUGUGCUUCACACCCAGCUCUCUCUCAACAUGGACUGAACCCAGAUAAUCUCAGCAGUGGCAUUUGCUAAUGCUUUAUACUCAGCUUCAGUGCUAUAUCAUGAUAUAGUAGCUUGUUUCUUUGCACAUCAUGAUAUAAGAUUUGGUCCAAAGAAAACUGCAAAUCCACUAGUGGAGCGUCUGUCAUCUAUACAUCCUGCCCAAUCAGAGUCAGAAAAAGCACUGACAAGAGUUUAUGAAGAUUUGGUGAAUGUAAGACCAAGAUUCAUAGUAUCUUUCACAUAUCUCACUAUGCGCUUGGCAGCAGUCCAAUGAAUAGUAGUAGGUGCAUGAAGAAAUUGGCAUACUUUGUUUACUGCAAAGGAUAUAUCUGGCCUUGUUAAGGUGAGGUACUGGAGUGCUCCUACUAGACUUCUAUAUCUAGUACUAUCCUCUUGACCCAAGAGAUCUCCUUCUUCAAGUGACAAUUUUUCUGUGCUAGACAAAGGAGUUGGAGAGGCUUUACAUCCUUGUAAGCCAACUCUUCUUACCAAAUCAGCAGCAUACUUUUCCUGAGAGAGAUGAAGGCCAUCUUCAGUGUUCUUUACCUCAAUCCCUAGGAGGAAAUGUAGGUCUCCCAGAUCUUUAAGAGCAAACUCAGCACUUAGGUCCUUCAACAAUCCUGUCACUGCUUCAUUAGAUGAACUUGUGACAAUAAUAUCAUCAACAUAAAUAAGAACAAAAAUGGAUGUUUUGGACUUAUCUAUUAUUUAAUUAAAACAAGAGUCAAAUAAGACACCACGUGCGUCCACAUAGAUUAAAUUAUCUUGAUCCUUAAUUUUGUUUAUCGAUGGCUGAGAUUAAAAGAUGCAAACAUUACGUAAAAAAUAUGUACACGUACAAGUAUUAGAACAUGGCACAUACAAAUAGUGCACACAGGUUUAAAAGAGCGUUCAUGUCCAUCGAAACAAAACUAGCACGCACAAACAAAAAAAACCUUCACAUCAAUGGGUCAAGGAUAACAACAAACAAUAGUCAAACCUAGACAAAUAAGGAAUCUAAACAAAUAAGGACAGCCACCAGACCACGUGAGGAAAGUUCCAAAACAGAAACGAUUACAUGCAGAUAAGACAAGUUUACAAUAUGAUCUCCACACGGUCUCGGACACCCCAACCUAGACACCUUAACCCAUUAUAUAAACAAGUGCACCUGGCCGCACAAGCACCCAACAAACAAGUAGAAGUCGGCAACCACGACGACUUGAACAAGGCACACGCAACUCGACAUCCACACCGAAAGCCACCUCCAGCCGCUUCUUUUGACUUCCAACAAAGUCACGCCAGAGCACAGUCGACGCCCGACAAAGUUACGCCCAGCUGCUACAAUCCACGUCGAAAGAAGUGACCGCAAAGCACUUCUGGCUUGCAUCAUCAGAUUGACAUAACACUAUGGCAUACAAGAAGUUGAGCGACUUAACUACAAGGGGACAAAAUUGGAACAUUCAAGUGAAAGUAAUGAGAAUGUGGGAUUCGAUCAAUCCUACGACCGAUGAGCUUAUUAGCCUAGAUAUGAUACUAAUGGAUGAGCAGGGUGAAAUAAUCCAUGUUACUAUCUGGAAGAAUCUUAUAGACGCUUUUAGAUCAAAGAUCAAUGAAAAAUCUAUUUAUGCAUUCAGCAAUUUUAAGGUCGUGGAAUCCACAAAAUAUAGGCCAGUGAGCAAUGACAUUAAAAUAUUUUUUGCAUACAAUACAAAGGUAAAGGAGAUAAAAGAAUCUUCAGAAGUUUUCCCAGAUUAUUGCUUCGAGUUUGCUACCAUCGAGACACUAGAAGAAAGGGCAGAAAAAGAUACACAAUGCUCAGAUGUCAUUGGACUACUAACACAAAUGAAGCAUGUGGAGACAAGAAUAACAAAGAAGAACCAACAACCUUCAUAUAUCCGCGAGAUUGAAAUCCUAAUGCCAGAGGGUGAUAAAAUCAGAAUCACGUUAUGGGGAAAGUUUGCUUAUUUUUUGACCGAGGAUGUAAUCGGCAGCCAAACUGUCCUUAUUAUUACAUCAACGAUGGUACAGAGAUUUAAUGGUCUGUGCCUAAAGUCAACCAGUGCCACAAGAAUAUAUAUAGAUCUGGAUAUACCAGAAACACAAGAACUUCUUGAUAGGGACUCGACAGAAGAAACCUUACCAAAAAUGAUCGGUAUAGAUAGGAGUAAUCAAGGAACACUAGAAGAACAAAUGUUUUAUAGGAGGAAAACAUUGGAACAACUUACUACAAUGAGGCACGAAAACCAGCCAGACCAGAAUUUUGUCUUCACAACAAUAGCUACAAUAGACUGUUUGCAAGAAAAUAUUCAAUGGUGGUACAUGUCAUGUGUAAGUGUCACAAAUUGGCUACUAAAGAAACCGACAAGUAUUAUUGCAAGAAUUGUGGUAUAUAUCCAGAAAAGGUCACACCACGGUAUCGUGUUCGUCUUCAAAUUAGUGACCAUACAUCUACUACAAGCUGCACUUUAUUUGACGAGGAGGCUGCAAGAUUGCUUAAUAUGUCUGCAUCUAAGUUGCUGGACACACUAGAUGGGAAAUUAGAAGAAGCGCCAAAGAUUAUUCAACAAUUAUGUGGAAAAAGACUUAUAUUUUGAUUCAAGCUCAAUGAUAGUAAUCUCACAUUUGGCACACAAAACUAUGCAGUAAAAAGAACAUUUGUUCCUGAUGAUAAGAUUGAGAUGCUCUACUUGGACAAUAAAGCCGAGGAGGAACUGAUGGAUGAUGAGGUUGACAUCGUAUUAAUGAAGAAGCAGAACAUGCUAGAUAGAAAGUCAAAGAAUAAUAAAGUUUCACCUGGCGAACUUUCAUGCGAACUGGUGCCUGUGAAAGAGGAGCCACAUGACAUCAAUGGGACUACAUUAAACAAAGAUAAGAGUCAAGACAAAAUAUCGUCAUCAUCCCGUGAGCUCCGAAGUGGCAAUAAAAGGAGACUGAGAUCUGUUGUAAUAUCAGAUGACUCGGAGGAUGAAUGCAUUGAGACGAAUAUGCCUAAACAAAAUGAAAAAGGUGUCCGCGGUAACAAGAAAUGUGUUAAAGCAAAAGCCAAAAAUACAAUGCUUGAAGAUGAAGAUGAAGUACAGAAAGCAAGGCCCAGGAGAACAAGGAUGUUAUCUAGAUAAUUAGUGGAUCAGUAGCUUAUGAACAUGAUAAGUAAGAGUACUUGACAUGGAUGAGGAUAAGAAGGAUAUUAUUAGAUUAAGGGUGUGAGUGUUACCAAUGUUCUUAGACAUCUAGGUAAUUAGUGGAUCAGUAGCUUAUGAAAUAAAUAGUACAAUAGUCUAUUUGUAUCGACCAAGAUAAGUAAGAGUAUUUGACAUCGACUUGGAUAAGAAGGAUAUUAUUAUAUUAAGAGUGUGAAUGUUACCAAUGUUCUAAAACAGAUUGAUUUACUUUCUUCAUGUACUUUCCUU